AGGCGAGCACACUGAAUUUGCAAAAAAAAAAUUAAAACGCUAAACAUAUAGAUUAUAUUGGUUUUCUGGCUGAAGCAGCCGUAUUUCCGCUCGAUUCCGUUCCCGGUCCGUUUCGAUUUGGGCGCCGAGAACGCGGCUGAAUGAUAGCUCUGAGUGCGCUUUUAACCAAAUACACAAUCGGUAUUAUGAGCAACUUAAGCAAUGGCAACCAGCAACCGCUACAGCAGCAGCAGCAGCAGCAGGCGCAGCAGCAACAACAACAACAGCAGGCACAGAACCCGCAACAGCAGCAGGGAAACGAAGCGGGCGGAGAGCUGUUUGUGGCUCCGCCGCCCGGAUUAGGUGUCGCUGUGGGCGUGGCAGCCAUACAACAACGCAAUCGGUUGCUGCAGCAACAGCAGCACCAGCAGCAGCCACAGAAUCCCGCCGCCGAGGGCAGUGGCCUGGACCGUGGCAGUUGCCUUUUGCGCUAUGCCAGCCAAAAUUCGCUGGACGAGAGCAGCCAGAAGCAUGUCCAGCGGCCGAAUGGCAAGGAGCGGGGCACCGUGGGACAGUACAGCAAUGAGCAGCAUACGGCGCGAUCCUUUGAUGCCAUGAACGAGAUGCGCAAACAAAAACAGCUCUGUGAUGUGAUAUUAGUGGCCGACGAUGUGGAAAUCCAUGCCCAUCGCAUGGUACUGGCCUCCUGCAGUCCGUACUUCUAUGCAAUGUUCACCGGCUUCGAGGAGUCGCGUCAGACGAGGAUCACCCUGCAAAGCGUCGAUGCUCGGGCACUGGAAUUACUCAUCGAUUAUGUGUACACAGCCACCGUGGAGGUGAACGAGGAUAAUGUUCAGGUCCUGCUGACCGCCGCUAAUCUCCUACAGCUUAACGAUGUUCGUGAUGCCUGCUGCGAUUUCCUGCAGACGCAGCUGGAUGCCAGUAAUUGCCUUGGCAUCCGGGAAUUUGCCGAUCUUCAUGCCUGCGUGGAAUUAUUGAAUUACGCGGAAACCUACAUUGAACAGCAUUUCAACGAGGUGAUCCAGUUCGAUGAGUUUCUGAAUCUCUCACACGAGCAGGUCAUCAGCUUGAUAGGCAAUGACCGGAUCUCGGUCCCGAAUGAGGAGCGCGUGUACGAGUGUGUCAUUGCCUGGCUCCGCUACGAUGUCCCCAUGCGAGAGCAGUUCACAUCUUCGCUAAUGGAGCAUGUCAGGCUGCCCUUCCUGUCCAAGGAAUACAUCACACAGCGCGUCGACAAGGAGCUACUCCUCGAGGGCAACAUCGUAUGCAAGAAUUUGAUAAUCGAGGCUUUGACCUAUCAUCUGCUGCCCACGGAAACGAAAUCCGCAAGAACUGUGCCACGGAAACCGGUGGGAAUGCCAAUCUUGCUCGUCAUUGGAGGACAAGCGCCCAAAGCUAUUCGCUCCGUGGAAUGGUAUGAUCUGAGGGAGGAGAAAUGGUAUCAGGCCGCCGAAAUGCCGAACAGGCGGUGUCGUUCUGGACUGAGUGUUCUCGGAGAGAAAGUCUAUGCCGUUGGUGGAUUCAAUGGUUCGCUCCGCGUUCGCACUGUGGAUGUGUAUGAUCCAACAACGGAUCAAUGGGCCAACUGCUGCAACAUGGAGGCACGCCGAUCCACACUGGGCGUAGCUGUCCUAAAUGGUUGCAUAUACGCCGUGGGAGGGUUCGAUGGCACCACCGGUCUUUCCAGUGCCGAGAUGUAUGAUCCCAAGAUUGACAUUUGGCGGUUUAUUGCCUCCAUGUCCACGCGUCGCAGCUCAGUUGGAGUUGGAGUUGUGCAUGGUCUCCUGUAUGCCGUUGGCGGCUACGAUGGCUUCUCCCGUCAAUGCCUAUCGUCGGUGGAACGCUACAAUCCCGAUACGGACACCUGGGUAGCGGUGGCAGAGAUGAGUUCACGGCGAAGUGGCGCUGGUGUCGGUGUCCUAAAUAACAUCCUGUAUGCCGUGGGCGGACAUGACGGGCCUAUGGUGAGGAAAUCUGUGGAGGCAUACGACUGUGAAACGAACUCGUGGCGUUCUGUAGCGGAUAUGUCUUACUGCCGGCGAAAUGCCGGGGUUGUGGCUCACGAAGGUUUGCUCUAUGUGGUCGGAGGCGAUGAUGGCACCACAAAUCUUGCCUCGGUUGAGGUCUAUUGUCCCGAUUCUGAUAGCUGGAGAAUGUUGCCUGCCCUGAUGACCAUUGGACGCAGUUACGCGGGCGUGUGUAUGAUCGAUAAGCCCAUGUGAAUGGAAGAGCAGGGUGCAUUGGCACGUCAAGCGGCUUCGCUGGCCAUCGCACUGCUGGAUGAUGAGAAUAGCCAGGCUGAGGGCACAAUGGAGGGUGCCAUUGGUGGUGCUGCCAUCUAUGGUAAUUUGGCACCAGUUGGAGCAGCUGCACCGGCUGCAGCUCCUGCUCCUGCGCCAGCUGCUGCCGCUUCAGUUGCUCCACAGCCAAAUCAUCCGCAUUACGAGAACAUCUAUGCACCAAUUGGCCAGCCCAGCAAUCAAGCGGCUGCUGCUGCUGCUGCAGCUGGCGUCGCCAAUGCCAAUGCCCCUGCAAAUGCCGAGGAAGCUCAGCAACCACAACAACAACAGCCAGCACCAACGGAAGCCAAUGCCAGUAACAAUAACAACCAGUCACCGCCAAUAGCACAACCACAACAAGCACAGCCGCAACCACAACGUAUACUGCCCAUUAACAACUAUAGAAAUGAUUUGUAUGAUCGAUCUGCGGGAGGAAUCCUUGGAUCAAACGCUUCUGCCGCCGCCGCCGCUGCCUAUGAUGUUCCAAGAGCCGUGAGAUCUGGCCUUGGUUAUAGGCGUAACUUUCGCAUCGAUAUGCAGAAUGGGAAUCGCUAUGGCAAUGGCCUUCGUUGCACUCCCCUUUACACCAAUAGCCGCUCCAAUUGCCAGCGACAGCGUAGCUUCGACGACACUGAGUCCACCGAUGGCUACAAUCUCCCCUAUGGCGGAGCUGGAACCAUGCGCUACGAGAAUAUUUACGAGCAGAUACGAGAUGAGCCGCUCUAUCGCACCUCUGCUGCCGCCAAUCGAGUGCCGCUCUAUACACGGCUCGAUGUACUGGGUCAUGGGAUUGGCAGGAUUGAGAGACACUUGAGCUCGUCGUGUGGCAACAUCGAUCACUAUAAUCUGGGUGGACACUACGCUGUGCUCGGACACUCGCAUUUCGGUACAGUGGGUCACAUUCGUUUGAAUGCCAAUGGAACGGGUGGCGGUGGAGGAGGAGUAGCAGGGGCAGCCACUGUAACCAAUGGAAGUACCACCUGUAAUGUGCCAAAUUGCCAAGCGUACAUGGGAAAUGGCAGCUCAUCGGUGCCCGUGGAGUAUGCCAAUGUCAAAGUUCCAGUAAAGAACAGUGCCUCCAGCUUCUUUAGCUGCCUGCAUGGCGAGAAUUCUCAGAGUAUGACGAAUAUAUACAAAACAUCGGGUGCCACAGCAGCUGCCCAUCUCCCCCUAACGCCCAAUGUGUCCAUGGAGCGAGCAGCUCGUUCUUCAUCCGCUGGAGCUGCAGGAGUAGCUUCUAUCUCAGUUGAGGAGCCACCUUCAGUGGAUAAUCAGCCAAGUUCAUCGAAUAGCACCACAAGUCGACCGCAAACGGGAGCCAUACCCAAAGUAAAGAUUGCCACCAGCAAGACAGCCAAGGAAGCAGCAACAGGAGGAUCAUCAUCUGGCACAGCUGUCACCUCCUCAACUACAACCGACAAGAGUUCAUCGACGGCUGGAGCAGGAGCAGGCAAAGCAGGAACUUUGGCCAAGAAAAGCUCAACGGGAUCAGGAGCUGCAUCACGUUCCACUAGUUCUGCCGGUGAUGGCACCUUGAAUCGCAUCUCCAAAUCAAGUCUUCAAUGGCUGCUGGUCAACAAGUGGCUUCCUUUGUGGAUUGGCCAGGGACCGGAUUGCAAGGUAAUCGACUUUAACUUUAUGUUUUCCCGCGACUGUGUCAGCUGUGACACCGCCUCGGUAGCCUCGCAGAUGUCAAAUCCAUAUGGAACUCCUCGCUUGGGUGUCGGCCUGCCCCAGGAUAUGGUGCGCUUCCAAAGCUCCUGCGCCGGUGGAGCUUGUACGGCAGCCGGAGCUGCUGCAUCCACCGUGCGAAGGGAUGCCACAGGUCGACCCCUACACAGCACCUUGAGUCGCCUGCGGAUGAAUGGAGGGGAGAGGAGGAAUCAGAAUGCAGUGGCUGCUGCCAACUAUCGUUACGAAGAUCCCUCGUACGAGAAUGUCCAUGUUCAGUGGCAGAAUGGCUUCGAGUUUGGCAGAUCCCGUGACUACGAUCCGAAUUCCAUUUAUCAUCAGCAACAGCAACAGCAGCAACGUCCCAUGCUCCAGAGAGCCAGAUCGGAGAGUCCUACGUUCAGUAACCAGCAGAGGCGUCUCCAGCGUCAGGCAGCACAGGCUGCCCAAGCUGCUCAAUUGAAGCCUCCACCACCAGGAUCACCAGAUCCCUUCAAGAACUACAAACUGAAUGCGGAGAACAACAGCUUCAAGCCCAAGUCAGCAGCAUCUGCUGAAGAGCUGGAAGGAGCUGUAGGAGGAGCUGUGGUGGAAAUGCCUCCUCUGGAGUUGGAUGCCGAGUCUGUAGAUCCUGUCAACUUGAGUGAUAAUGAAGCGGAGGCCAUUGGUGGCCAAAGUAAUACUUCAAACAGCACAAACAGUCAUGUGAAUGAGCAAAAUGAUUAAAAAAUUGGGAGCAAACACACCUUAGAAGCUUCUUGCAGAGAGCAGCGUUUAGUUAAUAAAUUUUAGGCAGUAGUGGUUUUUUUUUAAGUUAUAAAAAUACUGUUAACCGUGAGGCAUUCUGGUUUUUAAAUCAAAAAGGUUCUAAAAUUGAGAAAUAAUGUUUUGUACAUUUUGCAAGGUUAGAAUUUAUAUACCUUCUGCAAAAGAUUUAAAAACCACGACGAUUUCUGUACAAUGCCUAUUAAAAUUUAAUUGAACGCUGCUCUCUCUUCAAAAUUGGAUCUCAGAUAAGAAUAUAUACAAAUCGACCAAAACAGGAAAAAAAGCGAGCAGAAAAUUGAGUAAAUUUACAUUUUAAACCCA